AUGCCAACUCAGAGCAAUUCCUUCCUUCUUCGUAUUCUACUAUGCUGCACAGUGUUAGAUGCUUUUGUGGAAUCGAGAAUAACACAGAGUAUUGUUUAUGACCGGCUUCCGCCUGAACUCUUGAGUGAAGCAAGAAAGUUUGGAGCUAAAGGUGAGCUAAAAAUAUCCGUUUUUGUGUUUUUAAUGUUUCGUUUUGUUCAGCCUACAAAAACUUUCUCUACGCCACUGAAAAUGCGACGUCAAUAGAGCGGUGAGUGACCGAGUGACCUUUCGGGUUCAAAACCUAACAUAACUGGUUUUACAUUAUCUGUUUAUCAGUAAGAUUUGUUUUUUACUGCAUGUCCUCUUAAUGAUAACUCACUGAAAUUAAAACAUGAAAUUCAUUUGAUACAAGCUGACAGCUAUGAUAGUUCUCUGUAGGAAUCACGCGCAAACUGUUAUCUUUCACAGAAACGCGACAAAUUGUCAAUCCUAUCAUAUCUAGAAAGAUCAAAAGAACCAAAUUGCCCCCUAAACUAAACAGUUUACAGUAUGAACGUUUAUGAAGAUUACUUCAUGGAAUGUAACACUCUGGGACAUGAACGGGCACAGAAGGUAUUUCAGUCGACUUACAACACAAAGCUGACUAAGGAUAUGAAAGUAAGAGAGUUUAAGGGAGCAUCGGAGGAACUCUGUUUAAUUGUAGUUGCUCUUAACUCUUGGCUUCAACUCAUUCGCUGCUAGAUUUGUGUCAAUGGAAGCUGAUAAUUUCAAAGAAGGUCUUCAACAACUCUGUGAAAAGUACGAAAUGCAACUACAAUGUCAAUAUGGUUUUGGCGAAUCACGGUAUGGUCAAACUGUCAGUCAUCGUUAACAGUGACAAAGUGUGUGUUUUCAGAACGGCAAUAUACUGGAGACUGGAUGAUUUGAAAAACACUGACGGUAACCUGCGCAUUCUACUCGAUCGACAAUGCCCAGAACCGGAAAUCGACAACACCGUCUAUCAUUGUUUUUCGUCUGACGUGGAAGAAUACACCAAGCCUUGUUUUGAAGUAGGCCGUUUACACGUGAGCGUCGGGGAAAUAGUUAUGAUUUAGCAAAUGCUGGCUUACAACUACACCAGAUACUCGGCUGGACGGAGAAUUGCUAGACUGCACAUCAAAGCAACGAAAGAAGUUGCGGAAUUGACGGCUAAUAAGGUUUUAUUUACGAAAAUUCUGCGUAGAGUAUCACCUUGAACUUUUAGGACCUCGAAAAUGACAAUGACCAGUUCCUUUCAAUGAAAGAGCAUGUUCAAUCAGUAUUCGGGAAAGCACUCAGGCAAAUUGCUGAAAUAGAAGGGGAAAAGUGCGAGGCACUGGAAAAGGUGUUGAAAUGUGUGAUGCCACGUGUCGAAGAAAAGUGUGGUAGCGAAGCAGUGGAUAUUAUGCAAUCCAGUAUUCUUGUUGGGUCAGUAUCACUAUUUUUUCCAGCUGAUUCGAAAUGACGUUUACAGUUAUCUCUCGAUUCAACGACGCGAACCAUUGGCUUCACAAUUCAAAGGAUUCGGAGUGGAAUCAAGCAAAAAGUGUCUGAAGUUGGAUCCACAUAUCGAAUAG